UUGGGUUGAGGGGCAAGGCAGGGAGGGGGCGACUCACUAGACUUUGGGGAGAUCUCAAGGGCGGCGCACAGGGCAGCCUGGAAAGCAGGGGGACCACCUGGACCGGUGUUGGACAGGAGGGAACAGAAGAAUCCGGCCGCGUGGUUCUGGGUAAAGAAUGUGAAGCAAGUAGGCUUGUUUGGGUGGAGAGUUGCCCAGGGAAACGGAGCCCUUCAGAGCUCUUCCUUCCCUCUCCAGCCUCCUCUUUGGUGCUGAAGUCACAGCCUCGCGGAGCCUCCCCCCACCCAACCCUCCUGCUCCCCAGCUUCGCGAGCCCGAGGCGCUAAGGGCUGGGAAUGAGACGUGGUGGAGAAUGAGGAAUUAGACUCGGGGACCUGUGGAAAAUGAGGUCGACGCCCCUGCUGCAGCUGGCGCUGCUUCUUGUCCUGCAUGGAAGCCUGGGGGGGCCGGGGUGCCCCUCUCCGCCCUGCGAGUGCCACCAGGAGGGCGACUUCAGAGUCACCUGCAAAGACAUCCAGCGCAUCCCCAGCCUGCCCCCCAGCACGCAGACCCUGAAGUUUAUAGAGACUCAUCUGAAAACCAUUCCCAGUUGUGCAUUUUCAAAUCUGCCUAAUAUUUCCAGGAUCUACUUGUCAAUAGAUGCAACUCUGCAGCGGUUGGAGUCACAUUCCUUCUACAACUUGAGUAAAGUAACUCACAUAGAGAUUCGGAAUACUAGAAGCUUAACUUACAUAGAACCUGGUGCCCUGAAAGAGCUCCCCCUUCUGAAGUUCCUUGGCAUUUUCAACACUGGACUUAGAGUAUUCCCUGAUCUAACUAAAGUUUAUUCCACUGAUGUAUUCUUUAUACUUGAAAUUACAGACAACCCUUAUAUGACUUCAAUCCCUGCAAAUGCUUUCCAGGGACUGUGCAAUGAAACCUUGACACUGAAACUCUACAACAAUGGCUUUACUUCAGUCCAAGGACACGCUUUCAACGGGACAAAGCUGGAUGCUGUUUACCUGAACAAGAAUAAACACCUGACAGAUAUUGACAAAAGUGCUUUCGGAGGAGUUUACAAUGGACCCACCUUGCUGGACAUCUCUUACACCAGCGUCACCGCCCUGCCCUCCAAGGGCCUCGAGCACCUGAAGGAAUUGAUAGCAAGAAAUACUUGGACUCUAAAGAAACUUCCACUUUCCUUAAGUUUCCUUCACCUCACACGGGCUGACCUUUCUUAUCCAAGCCACUGCUGUGCUUUUAAGAACCAGAAGAAAAUCAGAGGUAUCCUUGAGUCCUUAAUGUGUAAUGAGAGCAGUAUUCAGAGCCUGCGCCAGAGAAAAUCUGUGAAUGCUUUGAAUGGCCCCUUCUACCAGGACUAUGAAGAGGACCCAGGAGAUGGCAGCGCUGGGAACAAGGAAAACUCCAAGUUCCAGGAUAUCCACAGCAACUCUCAUUAUUACGUCUUCUUUGAAGAACAAGAGGAUGAGAUCAUUGGUUUUGGCCAGGAGCUCAAAAACCAGGAAGAGACCCUACAGGCCUUUGACAGCCAUUAUGAUUAUACUGUCUGCGGGGGAAACGAAGACAUGGUGUGUACCCCCAAGUCGGAUGAAUUCAAUCCCUGCGAAGACAUAAUGGGCUACAAGUUCCUGAGGAUUGUAGUCUGGUUUGUCAGUCUGCUGGCGCUCCUGGGCAACGUCUUUGUCCUGAUCAUCCUCCUCACUAGCCACUACAAAAUGACGGUCCCACGCUUCCUCAUGUGCAACUUGGCUUUUGCAGAUUUCUGCAUGGGGAUGUAUCUACUCCUUAUCGCCUCCGUCGACCUCUACACUCAUUCUGAAUACUACAACCAUGCCAUCGACUGGCAGACAGGUCCUGGGUGCAACACAGCCGGUUUCUUUACAGUGUUUGCCAGUGAGUUGUCAGUAUACACGCUGACAGUCAUCACCCUGGAGCGCUGGUAUGCCAUCACCUUUGCCAUGCGCCUGGACCGGAAGAUCCGCCUCAGGCAUGCGUACGCCAUCAUGGUUGGGGGCUGGAUUUGCUGCUUCCUUCUGGCCUUGCUCCCUUUGGUAGGAAUAAGUAGCUAUGCCAAGGUCAGCAUAUGCCUGCCCAUGGACACUGAGACCCCUCUCGCCCUGGCAUAUAUUGUCCUUGUUCUAUUGCUCAACAUAGUCGCCUUUAUCAUCGUCUGUGCCUGUUAUGUGAAGAUCUAUAUCACAGUCAGAAAUCCCCAAUACAAUCCAGGGGACAAAGACACCAAAAUUGCCAAAAGGAUGGCUGUGUUAAUCUUUACUGACUUCAUGUGCAUGGCCCCAAUCUCAUUCUACGCUCUGUCGGCCCUGAUGAACAAGCCUCUCAUCACCGUUACCAACUCCAAAAUCUUGCUGGUUCUCUUCUAUCCACUUAACUCCUGUGCCAAUCCAUUCCUCUAUGCUAUUUUCACCAAGGCCUUCCAGAGGGAUGUAUUCAUCCUGCUCAGUAAGUUUGGCAUUUGUAAACACCAGGCUCAGGCAUACCGGGGCCAGAGAGUUUCUCCAAAGAACACCACUGGUAUUCCAGUCCAAAAGGUUAACCGGGACAUGAGGCAAAGUGUCCCUAACAUGCAGGAUGACUACGAACUGCUUGAAAAUUCUCAUCUCACACAAAAUAAACAGGGUCAAAUCUCGAAAGAGUAUAAUCAAACAGUUUUGUAGGUUGACUCUACACUAAUGGCAAUGAUUGAGGGGCUUAUAGAAGGCUGGAUUCUUGAAUAUGCGGUCCAACCACAUGACACAUAUGACGCACAGGUGACCUAACUUCUUGUACAGGUGAUGUUUCAUGUGACAAGAGUUUGUCUCUGAAGAGGCACUGUUACUAGCCUGAUCACCAUCUCCAAGAAGGAAGAGUCUGAAUCCCAAGUAAAAUUAAAAUACUCUAUACUUUCUCAAAGACUUGCUUAAUGUCAAAUGCAGAAAUGACAUAAUGUAAGAUGCUCAACAGAUACCACCUGAAUCAAGUGAAUGCCUGAGCUUCUCACUUUACAGAGCAUUUCAUACUGAAGAUUAAGCAAUGCCAAAUGCUAUUAACUUGGUUGAUGACCACCAGAAAAAAUUGUCUAUGUUGGCUCAAUCUAACUUCAUGUUCCCUGAUAUAACCAAAAAGAGUUUGAUUUCCUUGAUGCUAAAAUGGAAACAGGAUGUAAUCCAGUCAUCCAAGAGAGUCAUACCCUUUCCUGAUUAUCACUGAGAUUUGGAUGUCCAUAAUAGCAAUCAAUUGCUAUUAUGAAACAUGAGGAGGGGAAAUGCUUAGCUUUGAGUUGUUUUUAUGCCUCUGAAAUUAUUAAUCUUCUCUUCACAAGGAGCUACCUGAUAUGACCCAACUGUUACGUGUUGCCUGGAAAAACUGGCAAGAUUUCAGCUUCUGUGACCCAGCAAAUGAAGACUUGAUGUUCUUGGCUAGUCUCAUAGCAUAACAGACCUGAACUCUAGAAAUAUUUUUAAGUAGCAACAAGUAGAAAUUAUGAGCCGAGCAUACUAAAUUAUCUGCUGCUUAAUGAAACAGGCUGGACGGCAACUAACUCUUGAAACUUGAGCAAAAUGUUGGGCCUCAGAAGUCUGUAGAAAUGAAGGAAUUUGAUGGCCUCCUUCAGUUUUAAAAUCCCAUGUAUAUACAUUUCCCUCAAAAUGUAUGUUUUCAUAACAAAGAAAAAAAAAGCUCUAAGGAAGCAAAAUCUACUUCUCCUGUCUUUUAGGUCUGCCAUCUCCCAAGAAUUUAAACAUGCAACCCAGAAAUUGUUUUCUUUGUUUCAUUUUUGGUUAUGAUGUUACAACCAAAAAUUCUAUUGUGUGACCAUAUUGGGCUGGAUCUGAAUCACUCAUCUAAUCACUAGAUCUAUAGAGCUAUAAUUAUGAAACCAAAUGUGGAUUCACAGUCAUAAAAUAGAAUAAAACAUGGUUUCACAGAUGUUGGUUAUUUAGAGUUACUAUACACUAUGCAUAUUCAUUUCAAAACACAACUUGUCUUCAGGGAUUGGUUUCUUUUCUUAGUCAUUUCCAAGCUACAAUACAAUACUAAAGCAAUCAAAAGAGGCCGCUUCACUCUGCAGCUAUGAGCUCUUUCUGAUGUUGAUGAUCACUGGGCAUGAAAUCUCCAUUCCUGGGAAGUGCUCCCUUACUUAAAACAAUCACACACUUUAUCUAUACAUGUACUUUGUAUAGAUGAGGGUUAUCUUUCAAGACAGGUUCUAAUUUAAUUCCAAGCCAAGAUGGAAUUUGCUUCUCAGUACUUAUGAACCACACCAUGAAUUAAAAUUUUUUGCUGUCUUAAAGCUGUGGAUUGGAUUUAGGGGAACUUUUAGCCCCCAGAGAUGGGUUCCUGAACACCCUUGGCACCUCUCUCUCCAUGGCCUUAUCUAUUCCUGAUUAUCACUGAGACUCAGAUGUCUUCACAGAAAGAUUACGCACACCUAAAAUCAUGGCUUACCCACCAAUUUACUUACAAUUUGUUAUCUCUUUGCAUGUUUUUCUCACCUGUGACAUUUGAAAUGUCACACCCUGCUUAAUAAUGUGUUUUACAUUAACCAGUGGAAAUAAUGCUUUUGAAACAGUCCUAGAAAAAUAACUUUGACAGAUGUGUUACUAAAAUUUACAUUCAUAACAGGAAAUAAAUUUUCUUCUUAUGAAACAACUGUGCUGAGUUUUAGAGUAUUACUUUUUGUAAUUUGUAAACUUCUCUUAGGGCCAAAAUCAUGUGUUAAAACUAACAAGUAAAAAACAAUUGUACAGGUCCUAAUAAAUGCA